AUGUUCCAGAGGGCGUACCCUGUUGUUCUGUAUAGGAGCAGGUCGCAGAGAAUUGCCAUCCCCUUUGGACCUGCCGUCAACCCCCUUAAAUCGUACACCUGUCGUCUUUCGGCCAAUAGCCACCUCAGAGAAAUGUCGACAGCUUCAGGCGACCUUCAGGAGAAGCUUCGCCGCCUUCAUGAGUACUCUGCCUGCGAUGUAAGGAUUCGUGCCCAUGGUAUUGACCUCACCACUCAUUGCACAGGUUUCCGAUGCUUUGCUCAAGCUCCAAAAGCCUGCAGCCGGGCAAGUUGCAAGAGCGGGACACCUAGCAGACAUAGGACCAGUUCCAUCUCCACAGAUACUCUCAGGUGAACUUACAGUGAGCAAGGUGAUUGCACCUGCGUGCACGUUGAAGCUAGUGCCCAAGCACUCUUCACCAGCAGCAGCACCACCACCACCCGCCAACAGCACCAUCCCCAAAGGUAGUCAUUGGGUAGACCUGACAGAGGCCGGCAGUGUCGUUGUCAUUGACCAGCCAGAAGGUCAAAACUGUGCUGCUGUGGGCGGCAUCAUGGCUCAAAGAAUGAAAGCCAGGGGUGUGGCAGCGUGCGUUGUUGGUGGCCGUGUUCGAGACAUGGCUGAGUUGAAGGAGUCCAAACUACCGAUUUUUGCCCUUGGGAGGUCGACCGUGGGGACCAACGCUGAGUCGACGGUAUACGCCCGCAACAUUCCAGUGACCAUAACUGGUGUUACGGUGGCUCCGGGGGACAUCGUCUUUUGUGACCCGUUGGAGGGUGUUGUGGUCAUCCCGCAGGAUCUCCUCGACGAGACGCUUUCCUUGAUGCCCAGACUAGUGGACGCUGACGACAAGGUAAAGGAAGCUGUAGAGAAAGGAAUGACGGUGGCAGAAGCGUUCAAGAAGUUCAGAGGAUAACGAGGACGUCCACUCAUGAACGGUCAAACCCAGCAAGUUUUCUGAUCUGCUCUAAGGCACAGCACGCACCUCCUUGAGGGGAGGAUCCAUGAUUCGCUAUUUCGUUGUGCCUGGAAAACAGCAGUUUCCUUCCUCCAGUAAAGAUUUUACCAUAUAAAAGCCCUUCUUCACCGAAUUUCCUGAUUUCUUUCUCUUUUCUUUUUUUUCCAGGGAGAACAGCAGCAGCAGGCACAGCAGCAGCAGGCACAGCAGCAGCAGGCACAGCAGCAGCAGGCACAGGAACACC